AUGUCUUCUUCCCCAUUUAACAUCACUAUUGGACAGCAGUAUCAGGGUUUACUGGAAAGAAUUGUACUUUGCUUUCUGUCUACAGGUCCUGCGUGUUUCUUCCUCCUCAUUAAUGGGAUCUUGAUGUUCUCUUUGAGGAAUAAGCCUGUGUUUCGAUACACUUGUCGUUAUAUUCUUUUAUAUAACCUCCUUGUUGCAGAUACUGCUCAGCUGAUAGUGACUCAGGUUCUGUUUCUCCUUGCUGUUGGUCGAGUUAAAAUAACGUAUGCCGUCUGUGGUACCAUCACUACUAUGGCCAAUCUCACAGCAGGAAUUUCUCCUCUGACACUGGUGAUAAUGACGUUGGAGAGAUACAUGGCUGUUUGCUACCCACUGAGGCACGCUUCCAUUAUCACCAUCAAAAACACAGUAGUGGCCAUUAUUGCAGCCUGGGCUGUCAGUACACUAAACAAUGUCACUAGAAAUCUGUUUUUGAUAGAAUAUCCAUAUGAAAAGUUUGGGAAAGUCUUGAUGAAAGACUAUUGCGCUGACAUUGGCUGGAUUCCAGAUUCACUGUGUGAUGAUUAUGACAGAGCAUACAACGCGGUUAUAUUUGUUUCAGCCGGUUUCACUGUAAUUUCCUCGUAUACUGGAGUUGUAAUAGCAGCCAAGGCAGCUUCUACAGAUAAAGCAUCUGCCCUGAAAGCUCGUAAGACACUUCUGCUGCACCUAGUUCAGCUCUUCCUCAGUCUGGCUUAUACCCUUUACUACCCACUGCUCUCAGCUCUUGCAAAGACCGUACAAAGGAUAGUAUUUGUAUGGGUCCAGAAUGUUAUUUAUCUGCUUUUUAUUGUCUUACCCAGAUGUUUGACGUCUUUAAUUUAUGGCCUAAGAGAUCAGACCGUCAGACCUGUUCUAUUACACUAUCUAUUUUGCAGAUGGAAACUCUCAGUUGAACCAGCCACCUGCUGA